AUGUCUACUCAGGGUACUCACUUGACGGCACUCAUAUCACUGGCGAGGAUCUACGACCAUUUGUUGACGAAGUUCUGCGCGAGCUCGAACUACCCUGAAAGAUUUGCUGCCUUCUAUAACGCCAUUCGUCCAGCGUACCCGGAGCUCCAACUUAUUGCUUCGGCAACUGGGUUCAAUUGCUUACCCAAUCCGUUUCCUGAAGAUGCUUGGAUCGACUACCACGAAUACAAUGUCCCUGAGAACUACAUCGUCAACUUCGCCCAGUGGGACAAUGUCUCCCGCAGGAAUAAAUACAUUAUCGGAGAAAUGGGCCGCUGGGGGGUCCAGUGGUCAGAUAUGAAGGGUUCAGUUUCCGAGGCCAUCUUCAUGCUUGGACUAGAACGCAACAGUGACCUCAUCCGGGGUGUGGCGUUCGCACCCUUGAUCAGUCUUGUCGAUCAUCAGCAAUGGGCUCUACUGGGUACAGCAGCUCUUCGCGCAAAACUCUGGAACUAUGACACAUGA